AUGAUUAUGUCGCGCCCUAAACAACUUGGAUCGAAAGAAGUAUACAACAUUUCUAAUCUACAGACACUACUGGUUCAAGGAUGCCUCGAAUCUUCAAAAAAUCCUUUGUGGAUAAUUCAAAAAUCUGAUCUAGGAGGAAGAGGACUGUUCGCUCGCAAGAGGAUUCAUAAAGGAGAACUUAUAUUGACAAAUAAACCUCUCGCAGUUGGACCAAGAAAUAGUGGCCCUGAAAUUUCUUUUUGCUCUUAUUGUUAUGAAACUAGUGAUGAAAUUAAAUCUUGCGAAAAAUGCGGAUUGUUAAUGUGCUCUAAAAAUUGCAAAGUAUCGCAAAUGCAUCUAGAAGAAUGUAAAUUCAUUUCUACGUAUUGGAAACCAAAGUCUAAUUCUAGAAGAAUCUUAAGUAUCCUUGGCCGAAUUCGAAUUUAUAUACAAUUAUUUCUUUUAUCUUCCGAAAAGAAAGAAAUAUUACUACAUUUACAACACGACUCUACUUCCACAUUUCAAGAAUUAGAAGCUAUUUUUUCGAGUUUCCAUAUACCGAAGGAACACAUCGAACUUAUGAAAACCAUGCACUUGAUUCUGAAAAUAAAUUCCUUUAGAAUUCCUUCUAGCAAUCGAGAAAAAACAAUACGAUUGUGUGGUUUGUAUCCCUUAGCGGCUUUCUUGAAUCAUAGUUGUGUGCCGAAUACAAGAAAUAUAUUUAAGAAUGAUAAAACGAUGGAAAUAUACGCAUCGAGAGAUAUUGAAAUUGGAGAGGAAAUAUUAAGCUGUUAUACCAGCCUUAUAUGGUGCACUCCAGUCAGACGAUACCAAUUACACAUAUCAAAGAAUUUUUGGUGUAAAUGUAGUAGAUGUAAUGAUGCUACGGAAAUGGGAACAAAGUUGUCAGCUUUAAAAUGUUUUGUCAGGGAAUGUGCGGGCGCACUUCUGCCUCAUAAGCCUUUAAUUGCAACAACAGAGUGGUGCUGUGAUACUUGUCAUGCAAAAGUACCUGUAAAGCAAAUUAAUUUUUUACAAUCAAUUAUCGGAAGUCUUGUUAGAAUACUAUCUGAAGAAGAAGAAAUUGAACAACAAAAUGUAAUAUUAAAGCGACUGGAAUCGUUCUUGCCUUGUUACAGUUACAUAUUUCUUGAUUUGGAUUUUAAAAGAGCUCUUAAACUUGGAUACGAUUGGGGUACGAAGUUAAAGGAGCUGUCGGAGUCUCGUCUGGCGUUGAAGGAGAAACUGUGCCGCGGAACUUUGCGCACGACGGCGGCGUUGGGCGCGGGCGACGCACACCUCCGCGGCCUGCUACUCUAUCACCUGCACGCCGCACUGGCAGAACGCGCGCGCCGUUCGCCAGACCUAUAUGACGAACUGAAGUCAGAAAUCGAAAGUACUAUUGAUCAAGCAUACAACAUACUUCAAGGGGAUAUAUCAGCACCUCCGGAUUUGGAACUCAGACGCCGAUAUUUAGGCCCAGGAUGUGACAAAUCACAAGAAGAGAGAUUUUUCAUACUUGAUGAAAAGAAAAAUUUCGUUAUGUGUACUCAAUAA